AUGGAUUUUUUCCAAACAGACAUAAUCCAAACCUCACUAUGUAUUUUUGCUGUGCUUGUAGCCAUCACAACUUUGUCGGCUGUUGCACUCUUCUUCAUCCGCAUGUGGAUGGACAGAACCAGACCUGACUAUGCUGCAAGCAUUGGUUUGAAUGGCUUUGUCUCUACACCUAUUCACAAACCUCCAGACAAAUACGGAGGUUCAUCCUCAACUACAUCAACCGACUCGAUUGCUCCAUACCGCUGGUUUGGCGAGCCUGGUCUCCAAAUGUCAGGGAAACCCGGCACAUCAGAAACAUCUCGAAAGAGUAGGGCGAAAGAGUUUCGACAGUUCAAGUGGCCACUGGGGCUGGCUACAUUGACAGGGGAAAACUCCAUUUCUGGAUUGAAGAAAAGUACUCCAUGUUAUCUUGAUUUGAUUGCAUCUACAGGGUCUCCGUUCAUGUUCAAGAAACGAUAUCUGACUAAGGAGCUCUUGUCACUUCGUCCCGUUCCCGUGAGAGACCCACCACCUGACGACCAUAUUCAAUUAUCGUCGCUUCUUCGCUACGAAUGCACAUUACCUACCUCGGGAUGGGUCUCGCUGCAAAAUUUCGAAAGAAGUGUAAGUGAGUGUACCGUAUUCUUACAGCUGGCAGACCCAGCUACCAAAAAUCUUGGAUUGUUCAAGCUUCUCCACUUGGGUGCAAGUGACCAAGUCUAUUCGAAUCCCGUCCACUUUUUUGAAUCUUAUUGCUUCAUUGUGAUUCUGGCUGUCCACACCUUGGCCAUAUCUACGCAGAGCCCAGAUUUGCAAAGUUUGGUUGUCGAUGUUGUCUCGUGUUUUUGUUGGGAGCAUUGGCAUCUCUUAUAUUUGCUUACGACGAAGAAGGAACAGCAUUCUCUCGGGGCAAAGUCGUUAGAUUCCCUUUACAAACAGUACUUUCUCGUCCACAACCUCGAGCCUUUCAAGCUCAGUCGUCCUGCUAUCUACGGUAUAUUUGUUGAGCUUUGCACCCACGCUCUCGCCAGUCGGCCCAAAUCAGAAGCCACUCGCAGGUUGGUUGCGUUGUUCUUGGAGUGUGCUGCAGAAACAGAGUGUCUGGAGUACGACCUUAUGUUGCCCUAUUUGGCCCGAGCCGUGACCAGCAGUUACAAGUCAAGCACCAAGUCAUUUUUUUACGUUGUCCUAUUAGAAACCGUGAAGCCACACAUCCAUUGUUGCCUUAAAGCCCAGGAUGUAUAUUCACUGGAAUCAGUGCUUCAUGCCUUGAUACGGCACGGAUUAGAUGCCUCCAGUACUUCGGUGAUAGAAAAAGUGACACAGUUAUGUCGUUCCAUAGGAGAACGGUUUGCAGAAUUGACUAUAUGGGCAACAACCGAACCACCUGUGAGAGCGAAUUCAGAGAUUGCAAUUUCAUACGUUGCACCUGGGGCGUGGCGGCCCUUUCAGUAG